AUGGCCUUGUCAGUGCCUGGGAGUCAGUCCGACGCCCUCCUCCACCCCGCAGUCCUCUUGCGCGCCUUCUACCUAGCCGCCUCUCUUCUUAUUGUUGUCAUACACACUGUCCCUGCCCUGCGCUGCCGCUUUCUUGCCUACGGCUCUCGUGCGACCUCGCCGUCUGCUCAGGAACCCGCACCGCGUCAGCCUGCCGCCGUCACCCAGCUGCUGGAUUACGCUGCAACUAUCCAGGUGCCACACAACUACUUCACCCACUUCUAUGUCCUCUCAGUCGCGUGCUCGCUGUUCUGGGCAUGGCAGCUGCGCAUAUGGGACGCCUCGGCGCAGCUGCAGGUCGUGUGGGCGCUGAUGCUUCUUCAAGGCGUGCGCCGCGUGCUCGAGUCCAGUGUCUUCACUUCGACGAGUAAGAGCAAAAUGUGGUUCGCGCACUGGCUGCUUGGGCUCGUUUUCUAUUUCACCAUCAACAUCGCCAUCUGGAUAGAGGGGGAGGACUCUGCUAGCGUCCUGGCAGAUCGAGAGACCAAGAUCUUGGUCCCUGCAAUCCUCACUGCCCAUGCACUCCAGCACUCCUACCACGCCUACUUGUACGAGCUGCGCGCCGAGAACAAGGGUUACCGACUUCCCACCCAUCCAAUCUUCUCGAAUCUGCUGUGUCCGCACUACACCUGCGAGACCGCCAUAUACCUCCUGCUGUCUUUUCUGGCAGCUCCUAGUGGCCAGAUUGUCAACUGGACGCUUUUUUGCGCUACCGUGUUUGUGGCCGUCAAUCUUGGAGUGACUGCCAUCGGCACAAAAGAAUGGUACAUGGAGAAGUUUGGCAAAGACAAGGUAGGUCCGAGGAAAAGAAUGGUACCCGGAAUCUGGUAG